AUGGCGUUCGCUAACCAUCUUCCACCGCUUCAACUCGUUAAACCCUCUCUCAACUUCCCAAAACCCUCCCUAUUUUUCAACCCAUCCUCCUACCAUUUCAACUCCCCUUCUAUACUUCAUAACCGUUCUUCAAUUUCCACCCUCCGCAGAAUCACCGUUAAGGCUAAAGCACAAGAACCUGAAGUUACUGUAGCUACGGAUGCAUUUACACAAUUCAAGCAUCUGCUUUUGCCUAUUACUGAUAGAAAACCCUAUCUCUCUGAGGGAACUAAACAGGCUAUAGCAACUACCAUUGCCUUAGCUAAGAAGUAUGGAGCUGACAUUACAGUUGUAGUUAUUGAUGAACAGCAGAAGGAGUCUCUGCCUGAGCAUGAGACUCAACUUUCCAGCAUCCGAUGGCAUAUAUCUGAAGGUGGAUUAAAAGACUAUAAAAUGCUCGAGCGGCUUGGUGAUGGAAGCAAGCCAACAGCAAUAAUUGGUGAUGUUGCUGAUGAACUUAAUUUGGAUUUGGUAGUUAUUAGCAUGGAAGCAAUUCAUACAAAGCAUAUUGAUGCAAAUUUGCUUGCUGAGUUCAUUCCCUGUCCUGUCAUGCUUUUGCCAUUGUAG